GUGAAAGGGUUCCUAUUGGGGAGGCGGGAAAGCUUUGGUGGGAUGGGAUUGAUUGAGCGCAGCAUCGAGGAUGGGCGCGUUGUCCUCCCCCCUCCCCAAGAAAAGGGGCGCGGCUUAAACCAGGCGCGCGGAUUAUCCCGGCAAGGGUUUCUAUUGGAGAGGUGGGAAGGUCUUUCGUGGGAUGGGAUUGGGCUCCGCGUUGAGGGUGGGCGGUCCCAGAGGAGGUGGAGGCGGGGCCUCAGUGGAUGCAGUCCCCAAUGAAAGGGGCGUGGUUUAGAGUGAAUUGUAGGUGGGCCAAGAGAAGGGGCGUGGCGCAGGCUGGCGCGCGGAGUAUUCUGGCAAGACUUUCUCGGGAUGGGAUUAGGCGCCGCGUUGAAGAUGGGCGGGCCCAAAGGAAAGAGUUGGAUGCACUGUCCCUCGCCAAGAAAAGAGGCGUGGCUUAGGCUGGCGCCCGGCAAGCAUUCCUAUUGGGGAGGUGGGAAGGCUUUUGCAGUAUCGGAUUGGGCGCCGCAUUGAGGAUGGGCGGGCCUAGAGGAGGAGGAGGAGGAUGAAGUCCUCAAGGGAAGGGGCGUGGUUUAGACUGUGCGCGCGGAGUGUCCCGGCAAGGGUUCCUAUUGGGGAGGAGGGAAGGCUUUUGCGGGAUGCGAUUGGGCGCCGCGUUGAGGGUGGGCGGUCCCAGAGGAGGUGGAGGCAGGGCCUCAGUGGAUGCAGUCCCCAAUGAAAGGGGCGUGGUUUAGAGUGAAUUGUAGGUGGGCCGGGAGAAGGGGCGUGGCUUAGGCUGGCGCCCGGCAAGCGUUCCUAUUGGGGAGGUCGGAAGGCUUUUGCAGUAUCGGAUUGGGCGCCGCAUUGAGGAUGGGCGGGCCUAGAGGAGAAUGCAGUCCUCAAGGGAAGGGGCGUGGCUUAGACUGUGCGCGCGGAGUGUCCCGGCAAGGGUUCCUAUUGGAGAGGUGGGAGGGCUUUCGCUGGAUGGGAUUGGGCGCCGCGUUGAGGGUGGGCGGUCCCAGAGGAGGUGGAGGCAAGGCCUCAGUGGAUGCAGUCCCCAAUGAAAUUGUAGGUGGGCCGAGAGAAGGGGCGUGGCUUAGGCUGGCGCCCGGCAAGCGUUCCUAUUGGGGAGGUGGGAAGGCUUUCGCGGGAUCGGAUUGGGCGCUGCGUUGAAGAUGGGCGGGCCCAAAGGAUAGAAGAGGCGGCCCUUCAGUGGAUGCAGUGUCCCUCUCCUCGCCAAGGAAAGGGGCGUGGCUUAGGAGAGGCGGCGAGGGUUCCCUAUGGGAUGGGAUUGGGCGCCGCGUCGAGAAGGGGCGGGCCCAAAGCUGGAGGAGGCGGUCCUCAUUGGACGUUCGCUCCCCCCUCCCCCGUUCCUCCUGCCCCCUCCUCAUGUCAACAAGCGGGGCGCCUGCGCGGGAGGGGCCGCCUGCCUUCCCUGCGCGUCUUUCCCUCUCGUGCGCGGCGCGGGCGGGAUGGCGGAGGACUCCCCGAAGCGGCGCAAGGCCAACUUCAACGAGGCGGAGACGGAGGUGCUGGUGGAGCAGGUGCUGCGGCACGAGCAGGUGCUCUUCGCGGCCGGGCCCGGGCGGGCCUCCCCGGGGCAGAAGCGCAAGGUCUGGGAGCUCAUCCGGCACAAGGUUUUACAGAUGACCCUGGGCCAUCCCACCAGCCGUGUGCUGAGAAGAUCAAUUUAAAAGGAGAAAUAGUGGUAAAAGUAGUGGAGCCUGAAGAAAGCUCAGAGGACAUAGCUAUCCUUCCUCCCAGCCAAGAACAACUUCCUUUCCUGGGGUUACAGAAUGGACGUCCUUGUGGAAAAGUAAAAGCCAAAACAAAGACUCAGCCCCAGACAGACUCCAUUGAAAUUACAGAAGAGGAUCUGUUGAACAUCCAGCAGAACCAGCUGCACGUCAUCCAGUCAGGCUUUCAGAGUAUCAACCAUAACCUUCGGCUUCUGCAGCAGGGCAUGCAAGAUCUCAACAACAGCCUUAAUGUCAUGGCGCACACCUUAGUGGCUAUUAAGAAUGUAUAUGUAAAAAACAAUGCUGGUCCUGCCACCUUUGCGACUGUCACGACUCAGACCACUGCAGGAUACCUAAGCCCCGUGUCCCCACUGGCUGAGGACAGAGUCAGGCUCCCGGUGGCCGGAAGUAAUAGCAGAAGCAGCAGCUGCAGUUCCAGCUCUAUGUCCCAAGAUCCAGGUCCUUCAGAAUUCCCAAGAUCCUCCCACAGACCUAUUAAGAAGGAACAUCCAAAUGGCUGUUACUAUUUCUGUUUUGCAGACAUGUAAGGCCUGAAUAGAAAGAGAACUAUGGGGUUUGCAAGGAGCAGGUUUGUACUCAACUCCAAUGUGGCAUCAUGACAGAGCAGCCAGGUCUAGCUAUCCUCUGAUAAAUGCUCAGUAUGUCAGAUCUCUACCAUCCUCCAGUUGCAGAAACCUUAGCAUCAUAGCGGGGCAUGACACUAAUGACAAACUCACUCUGGAAUCAAUUUUGGUGAAAAACAGUGUAGAAAUACCAUCAGUGGAUAAAUGCAGUUUUAAGAACUAUUUGUUUAGAAAACAGUCUUGCUGCAUUCAGCACAUUUGCUCAUAAGCAAAAGUGCACUGAAUUUCAGCAUUAGUAGUCAUUCAAGAGCUUCUGGAGUUGAUUGUGCCUCUUAUAUAUUGUUGCCCUGACACUCUUUCACUGUGGAGGAUGAGAGAAAACCUAAUUCAUCUGAUCUUUCUGGUAUUGAUGUGCAUUUUGAAGCAAAGCAGUAUGAAAAGAUAGCAGAAACUGUACUUGGUGCGCAAUCGGACAUACAAGCUGUUUUAUUUUUGUAGCAAUCCAAACUGAAGAUGAGGAAGAAAUUGAGUACUUGAUUGUACUUUAAAAAAAAAAAAAAAGCUGCCUACUGCAACUUCUGUAAUAGAGCAUGAGUCCAUCUCCUUGAGGACUGGGAAUGAAUCCAGGUACUGAGCCACAAGCAAAGUGCUUGUAAGCUUUCCUAGACAACUCCUGUUUGUUGUUGCUCAUGUCUAGUUCUUAGAAGUACCUAUUCCCUGUAAAAGUGCUCUGCUCGAAACUUGCAGGAGUUGGGAGACUGCAUUUUAUUGCAUAAUUAAAGACCCCCCCCCCCUGCAAAAUGGUGGCAAGUGUCUGUGUUCUAGAAAAUAAUCUCUUGCAUGAACAAUCUUAGUGCAAGGAUAUGUCUGACUUGUGCAUUUUUGAAAACACUGGAUCUCUGACUUCGAUGCCGUACUGAAUUUUGACUUGGUAUAAUCUCCCCUAAUGGUCACUCCAGGUGAUUUUGACUGCAGCCAUGGGGAGGGUUUGGCAGAUCUCUUCCGGUAUGGAACUGACAGGGUGAUCUUGGCUCAAUUAUUCUCUUCCAACCUGGUCUACCUCACAGGAUUGUUUCAUAAUAGGAAGAGCCAUGUAUGCUGCUUCAAAAUCUUUGGAAGAAGAGUGGGGAAAUAAACCAUAAAAUAUCCCUGACCAGUGGCUAUGCUAGCUGUGGCAGAUCAAAACAUAUGGAGUUUAAGGCAGGCUUGACACCUGAAUAAGCAACAAAUAUGCUGCCCUCACUUGAGGUACACACUUGAGGCAGGAAGCAUGUAGGGGUUGUUUCUGGUGACUGAAGGCAGCAUGUUUUGUUAAUACUGUCAUAUGGAGAUCAUUAAAUGCCCAAGGUACAGUCUGUGUCAUUAUGGAUGCAUAUAUAGUGUCCUGCUUAAGAAUGUAGAGGUGAGAUACAUAGACCAUUUCCUUCCAGAGACAUUAUUGUUUGACUCCCAUCAUUCAUAGCUAGGAGUAUGGUAUGAUGGAAAGUCCAGUAAAAUAUUUGGAAGGCCACAGGCUAAUAACACCUAUAGGAGAGCUAUAUUAUUGAAUCUCAUAUAUCACUUUUCUUGUGAGAAAAGUACUACAAAAAGAAGUUUAUGUCUUACAGACGCCACUUUACAUAAGGCCAAAGGAUGUGGGAUUGUUUUAAAGGGCAAUAUCAGAAACACCAACUUUAUAGAUAUUAAAACACUAAUAACAGUCUCUGGGAGUGUUAUACUGCCAUGUAACUUGACCAUCAUGUGGCCUUUCAGAUGUUCUUGGACUGUAAAUUCCAGCAGCUCUAGCCUGAGAGCACUCUGCUAGGUAAUUUGCAAAGGGUUCAAGUGUUUCUAGCUCUAAAUUAAGGACUACGUACUCAUGGUUCCCUAGAAGUAAUUGUAACAGAGGGAGCAAACUUAGGUUAAAGAAAGUGUUUUGAUAUCAACGAAAGCAAACCUUGAAAAAGUAACCAAUGGAUUCAAACUGCGAUAGAAGAGAUUCCACCUAAAUAUUAGGACUGCAAACACUAAGAGCUUUUUUGACAGUGGAACAGAUUGCCUCAGAAGGUGGUGUGCUCACUUCCUCUGGUGGUCUUGAGCUUGGGUGGCCAUCUCUCGCUAGUUCCUUAGCGGUCUCUUAUAGCAUGGCAGGAGGUUGGAGUAGACAAUCCUUGGGAUUCCUUCAAACUAUGAUCCCCUGCAAAAUACUCUGCUUAGAUUCUUGACAUUGUAGGAAAACACCCCCACCCCCACCCCCGUGCCAUUAGAAACAGUGGUGCACCAUUGUCAAAAAUUAGUAACCUUGAGUGCAACUCAUUUAGCACUUUAGACACAGCUGAAUACAAUACAUUACCAAGAUGGCUGAUGUAAACAACUGCCCAUGGUUAAAAGCAGUCUGGAAUGAAAUGGUUUUAUACGCCUCAUUAUUAAACCUCUGUAUCAAUAUUUGAGCUAAUGUUGUAUAGUGCUUGAGUGUUGGUCUAUUAACUAUGGAAACCAGGCUUUGUAUAUCUCCAUUUGGCCAUAGAAACUCAUUGGCGCAAACACACUAUCUCUGCCCUAGGGGAAGAGAAAGGCAACCCACUUCUGAACCAAGAAGGCCUGUAAUAGGUUCACCUGAAGAGUUGCCGUAAGUCAGAAAUGACUUGAAGGCAUACACCAAUAAAUAUGUAGAUUUUGAAUCCACCAACAAUGCAUUUAACAAGUGUUUUUUGUAGUUCUAAACUUUAUGUAGUCCUUUAUGAAUAGGCGUAACUAUCCUAACAUUACUUUGCUUGUAAUUUUUAUCUUGUUCUCUUCAGCAAUGUUUAAACAGCACACAAAUAAUUCCUGCUGAUAGAAACUUUAAUAGAGUUUCAAUAUAACAAUAUCCGGUUAAAUAUAAUAGCAGGAAAUAAAAUAAGCAAAAAAUAAUUCCACCUUUAUUCACCACUGUAAAAAAAGUUUAUUAAAAUGCUCUGAUAAUCA